AUGACGACGGAGAAGCUGGGUCGGUCGGACAAGACCACCUUUGAGGCUGAUCUUGAGCAGCUCAUGCAGCAGAUCGAUGUCAUGAAGAGCCAAACAGAAAAGAUGAUCAAGGCCACCAAUACCUGGCUCGAACCCAAUCCUAAUCGCCGGCUUGAGGCUUCACUGGCCAAGCGCUUCAGUCGCGGCUCGACCCAGCGUGCCACCGAGCUCGAAGCCCUUGGGCUCACGUGCCUGGAAGCUGCCGAAGCCUUUGGAGCCCAUUCGCACUACGCGCAAGCGCUGGCGGCCAUGGGCCGUGUGGACACCGAGCUGGGCGAACGUUGGCAUCACCUGACAGCAGUCGUGAAUGAGCGGUUCCAGACUCCCAUGCGCACUUUCAUCUCAUCCGAUAUCAAAAAUGCCAAU